GAUACCAAGGUGAAAGAGGAGCGAAUAGAAAGAAUUAAGAGAUGGAUGAUAGUGAAGAAUUCUCAGAAGUUCCUGAUCUAAGUAAGUGGUUUUCGAGUUAUGUCUAUGAGUCACCGAUGUUGGAUACAAGUGAUGGUCUUGAGUUUCUUGGAGAAAGUAAAGGUACAAAGGAAAUUGAAUUAGUCUCUUCUCAGGCUAAAGAUAUGUCUCAGUCGCAGGUUGAGUUUUCAGAAGAUAUAAUGAAUCUCGUCGUUGAGGACAGUGAGAUAGAUGAAGACUGCAGUAUUUGGGGAAAACCUAAGAGAAAAGAACCGGGAAUAGACCUGCUUGUGGACUGUUCAUUUAUGCUUGAGAGGCAAAAUCCGGGUGCUCGAGGCAUAGAAGUGUAUGUGUUACUAGUUAGCAUCAUGACGAUUGCUGGCAACAUUGGUCGAUCUGCAGGAUCUUCUUGAACACAUAAAAGUGCGAUAUGGAU